CAUUCGUUGGUGAAUCUAGUGAAAAUAGCUAAAAAAAACUAGUAAAUUGCGGAAAACAACACUAAAAGUGUGUGCAUCGGGAAACGGAAACAGUACAAAAUGUAUUAUCGAAUAAACCGGCAGUAGCCAACGUUACUGGAGCUACUAUCCAGCUCGCGACAUUUGCAGCGGCAAUAUAGAUUAAAAUUGUGGCUGGCUGGUGAAACCCAGCAUCGAAGGUGGCGACGGUUCGGUAAUUUUUUUUUCCUGCUGCUUUCUCACCAACACUACCGUACUAGAUCGGUAGGCAAACGGGCAGCGGAAAAAAAGAAGUACCUCUAUGUUUUGAACGGUAUCCACCACCACCGUAGCCUCUUGCUUCAACGACGUGCAUCAGGCAGUCUACUACUACAGCCGCAUCGCAAUCAGCCAGUGCAACACCACUGCCUUUGCUGCUGUUUGCAAAUACGUACGGCUGCUGCCGCUGGACCGUCGCCGCAUUACCGUUUGAACGCAGCGAGAGUAAACGAGACGGAGUUUCAGUGCUGAAAAAAAACAGAAACCUAUCGCAGUGGCCAUUGCCGUCAUUGGAGAGAUAAUCACUUCAGACGUAGGCAAAACUACGAAUUCCAGCAAUCAUUGUGUAAUUAAUAACUGGGAGUGAAAAAGUGCUACGAUUCGGCUACCGGUGGAUUCGGUGCUCUCCAGGAUGGCCUCCGCCGCUGGUGGUUUGGACAUCCAGGUCGUCUCAAUGCCGAACCUGCAGAAGAUAGAAAAUUUUAUGCGUGAUUCAACCUACCGAGAAACGCUAGAAGUCAGUGCCUCCUUCAACACACGGCUCUGCCUCGAGCGGCGGAUGCGGAUACCGUUUUUCGAUUCGCAAACCGGUGUUGCACAGAAUCACAGCAAUCUAUAUAUGGCACAUUGUCGGAGGAUGCCCGGUCACCGGGAAGGACAAUUGUACACCUACCCGUCGACGCGGUGGCGAAAAACUAAACGGCAAUACCUAACCAAGCUGCAAAAUCUGCGGCCGUUCAGUAAUCUGAGAUCCACUGCAACCCCGAGCUUGCUUGGCAAUAUCUCCUUGCCGCCUCCGACUCGUGAUUCGAGUGAACUGCUAACGGCAGCGGAGUCGGACUUCAACGCAUCCCUCUUGGAGGAAUCUUCGCUAGGAGCAACAGUAGAUACGGACAGUAAGGACAGUCACCAAAAUCAAACUGUCAUCAAAGAGGAGCCCCUACCAAAAGAUUGGUACUACGACGAGAUGGCACUUAACGACGAUGACCUGGACGACCCGGAGGGAGGUGACUCCGACUACGACUACAACGUGAACGGAUACAAACGCAAAGGCAAACGAAGCAAGCGAUCCUACCAUGGUGGGGGCAAAAAGAGCAGAGCCAGCCAAGGCUCCUCCGCAGCUGCUGCUGCUGCUGCUGCGGCGGCGGCGGCGGCAACGGGUGACUACGAGGGAGCUGGCUCACCGGGCGGUUCUUCGCGGAAAGGCCGACCGCCGGCGGGCAGCAGUGCCGGAACCAAAAGAGGCCGCAAAAAGAACCCGAAAGAGUCGGCAGCCGCAAUCGAAAAACAGCUGGAAGAUAGCCUGAGCAGCAGUCUAAUGGAACCGCCCUCGUUCGAGACGGCAGCCGCUGCCGUCGAUAUGGGCGAGAAUGGGGAAAAUGGCACCGGAUACGGGGGUAGUGCCGAUCUGAGGAACUAUCGGAAGUACCUGUAAUGCGAGAUGUUACUUCGAAUGGUACCUUUGAGGCUCUAAACACCGCCCCCCUCUCCUCCGCCAAGUGGCACGUACGGGACCGAUACGGUGCGAUGGCAGUAAAUAGUUGUUUUAUUUUAUAUAUAUACAAAAAUACGGAAUGAAUAUCAUGCAAAACAUACGAUGGAUGGAGCCCGGCUCCACAGGCAUAGACGAUCGUCUCCUACAAGGAGGGCGAUGGAGACGUACGCAUAACAUGUAAGCAAACCUUAAGGGCGCAAAUUGAUUCGCGGCAACCCCCGAUCUGCGGUGGAGAUUGUAUUCUGGUCAUCACAGUUUAUCGAUUGUUUAUUUUUGUGUUCUGAACAGCCGAAGAAGAUGUGAAUCAGAAUAAUUGUACAUUAUAUUAUUAGCUGAAAAACACAGAAUAUUUUAGCUGUUUGUUAGUUUCAAGUUUACCAUCCCUUUCCCACGCAAUAGAGAUCAAUCCGGUAGGCACUGGUUUUCCGUUGAAAUCUAGAUUUCACUCCAGUUUACAGUCCGUAGCUUGUUUUCCCGUCAAGAGAAAUAACCGUAGAACGUAAGCUUGAUAUGAAGAAGGAAUGAUAUAAUUAUACCAUUUAUUACUACCGUUAUUUAAUUAUCAACGCUAGGGAAAUUUAAAUAUGAGUCAAUAUUGAAAAUAAAUACUAAUUUGUUUGACUAUUUUUAUAGGUGUAGCAGUCAAGUUUCCCCUCUAUUCCCGUCUCACAUACAAACACUCACAUUUACUUGUUGACGCGCAAUAGUGCUGGUAGAAUUAGUUUGCAUCAAGAGUACAUGCCUCCUGGAAGAAUUUCGGAAAACAAAACUCAGUUUUGCAUUCGCAUGCGACAGACACCAUGGAACCGAUCAACGAGUGACCCCUUUCCUGUCUCCUUUUGUAUAUAGUAAGUCGAACGCAGCAAAAAAACGCGGUUUUUCCUUUCACUAUUAAAUGAUGUAUUUACCUAUUCCAUUGGCUCUAUUGAUGAAUAUACUGAUAAUGAAGAUGAUGAUGAUGAUGAUUAUGGUCUAUAUUAUGAACGCGAAAAAAAAUUUAGUGAGACAAAAUUGCGGAUUUAAGGAUGCUACAAAAUGAAAUAUUUUAUGAACCUGGAAGAAGAAGAAGAGAUUUAAAUUCGAAAACGAUAAAAACUGGUCGCAUGUACAUGAAUAGAUAUUUCAACUGAUAACAAUAAAAGAACU